AAGGCCCAUCCCAUCAGUGUUACUGUUCUCCGAUGAGUUACGACUUGAACAUCAAAUUUGAUUCUCUUUUCCUCUAGGCCUGUCAUAUUUGUACCUUGUUGACUUAUGUUAUAUUCCUCCAAGCCUGAGGGAAGCACACUCGGAAAAGUGAAGCUGCCAGGUGGUUGAUGUGUGUUAAAUUACAGGUUUAUUAAAAUUCAAUGUGGACCUUAUAUCCAACAUAUAAAAUGCAGGUUGCUGCCCGUCGUUUGUCAUCUUGCAGCUUAUCUAACUAGUGAAUUUAGCUUGUAACCUAGGUCCUUAGAAAGGUCUAAAAGGAGACCAUCCUAAAACCUAGAGGUACUGUAAAUUCCUGAAAGUGUACCAUGUCAUUUUGUUGUAUAUAAAUUCCUUAAGUAAACUACAAGAAAAUAAGGAAAUGUUUUGAUUAGGUAAGUAUACAAGCCAAGCUCAUCCCGUCUUAAUUAUCCACUUAAUGUAGAAACUCGAUUGACGCAUUCACUCUAUUGGAAAUGCUAGUGAAAUUUGAAGAGCCACACCCCUGUUUCUCCUCUUGGAGCGUUCACCCCAUCGACCUCCGUACUCUGCUUAAGCAUUAGAAACAGAGCCGUUCGAAGGACUAAGUGUAGAAUAGAGAGGAUUCUCGUUUCUGAAACCGCCACAACUGGUUCAUCAGCAGAUCUAGAUCUAUUUGAUAUUUUUUAGGGUUUUCCAAAAGAAAUCCGAGAGCUAUCAAUCUAAGCCGAAAGAUCUUCACUUGGUGAGCGAUUCGCUGAUUUUGCUGUUAACAAGUUGGAGAUCCGUAGCUUCUUCCAUGGAGAUGCAUCUCAAAGACCUCUUUGCCCGUUUCCAAGAGCAGUUUGGCUCUGGCCCGGGCCUCGGCCCGAGCUCCGGGACCUGCCUCCUAAAUGUAGAAGGAAUUGCCCCAGCCUUUAUCAUAUCCCUCUUCCGCGCCUCCGCCGCUCUCUACCGUACUGACCCAUGGAAGAGGCUGCGACCUGGCCAUCUCUUCGGUAUCCGAAUUGGCAAGGACGCCGACUGGUCCAACAAGAAGCAACUAUUCCCUUGCGCCCAGUUUAUUGGUGGCGAUGGAGGAGACCUCGGCUUCCACUUGUUCAAAUCCGAGCAGGAUGCUCAGAAGAUGACAGGCGUAAGGGAGACGAUUCGGGUCCCUAAUGUGGAGCUCCUGAGGGUCAUCUUUCAACCAGAAUCCCUCUUGUUCCCCUCAAACAAGAGGAUGGUUCGGUCCUUAUCGUUGGAGGCCUCCGGACCUGGUCGGUUUCCCGUCGUAGAUGUCGCUCGCUGCACUUCAACAGGUGGGUUGCGGUUUCGCAACCCCACGCUUGAGGAGCUCCGCUAUGUCUUUGCGUUCACGAAGGCUGUUGCCCUAGUGCAUCCUCUGCUCGAGUGGGCAAAUGAUGGAGCUGCAAGAAGAGGAAGGCUGAUGAGCUUCGAGCCCUUUAUUGAGACAGUUGACGUGCAGUGGCCUCCUGAAGUUGCCAAGGUUGGAGACCUCGUAGCAGUCACCAUCUCGCAUCCACCUGGUCAGGUUUAUGUGGAGAAGAAGCUUGUUUCAACUCCACCAAAGUACGCCGAGCCACCGCCGAAGGAAGAGCUUCCACCAGUGGAAGCAUCGGCUAAUUGGACUGCUCUAAGAAAGUGUGCAAUGUGUGAGAAGGAAGUCCAUGGAGAUCAGUCUUUGUUCUGCGGCCGGUGUCGUGCAGUAGUUUAUUGUGGCCCGGUAUGCCAGAAGCAGCACUGGAAGGAAACUCACAAAAGUAUAUGUGGACUCUACCAAGCAAUGAUGGAAAGGGAGGAAGAGUUGGCUCUGAAGAUAUUUAUUUUCCCUUGCUUCGUCGAUCACCCCUGUAAAUGGCUCGAGUCGAUGGGUCUCCAUCAGAAAGGGAUGUGGAGAAGGAAGUGCAGCUGCUAUUCUCAUUGCCCAUUUGGUCUUCUCCCUUUGAAGGCCAGUGGAAUCUUUGAGUCAUGGGGAGGUUUGAGUGAUGGGGAGUACCCUCCUGAUUCGGCAUUCCCAAACUGUUUGAAUGGAGCUUCCAAUCCUAUCCUGCUAUCAGGCUGGUCCGAGUACUACAGUCUCCGCGCCCUCCCGAUGACAAGCCCGGUUGCUGCCAUAUUAUCCCAUCCUCUGACAGUUUAUCACAUACUAACUGCCCUUGUUAUGAGCUCCAAGAACAGACUUAUAAAGGGAAAAGAAGUGAUUGUGCAUUACCUUGGCCCUGCAGGGGAGCUAGACUGGAUGCCUGCUUUCUUAGAGAUCACCCAUUUGCUGAAUGGAUCAGGUAACAUGCAGAUAGUCAUGAUUGGGCCAGAGGUUCCAAGUAAUCUAUCAGGGACGGUGUCAGGGAUCAGUGGUAGAUUGAGAGUGAACUUGGUGAGAGGCAUCUAUCAGGAACAGGCCUCGUACCUUUCGUCGCCUCAUGCUGUCAUUGCUCUGAACUGUGGGUUGGAGAGCUAUGGGAGCUGGGGUGGUGCUCUUGAGUUGAUUAAGUCGAUGAAUGUGCCAGCUUUCUUCACAGAAAGGUCUGAAAUCUCGUGUGCAAAUGCUAAGCAGGUGCUUCGAGGAGCUGGGCUGCAUGUCGCUCAUCCUGUGACGCCGAACCCUUUUCGUUCGCCGCUGCAAGAUCAGAUACCUUCCAGUAAUGUACCCUCAUUCAGCAAUGGUUUUGUUUUUGGGGUGAAUACGUGAAAAGCAGCCCAUGGCACGAGAAGGUUUCUACAGGGUGUCUUCAUAAUUCACCUGAUUUGUCUGCUUGUUUGAACCUUAAUCCCAGGGAGUUUGAAGUUGGAGAGCCAAGGCGCCAAACUUUUCUUUAUGCUUUCAUAGCAUGCGUCCAACUUUAGUGAGGUUGUGGACUACUAAGAUUUUGUGCUGUUGAUAAUUGAUAUUGCGAUAUCAUGAACCUAUUUACAUAAUGUUAGAACAUUUUGUUUUCCUUUCUGGUGAUCAAUCAGUGACCGCCGCUUCUUGA